UCGAAUCACCCUGUGGUUUGCGCGAAACUUGUGCCAUUUCUUUUUCAAUUCGGCGUCGUUUCGGUGCUUUUCGUGUGUCUGUUCAAACUAAAGUGAAAUUAGCAUUUAUUGAAGAAUGGACGCUCCACCAGAGGGAAACGUUGACACCACCGAGUCCUCCAAUGAACUCGAGGAUGAGAAGUCUGGCUCCGACUGCCAGUCGAUGCCGGCCUACAUGAACUCAGUUCUGAGACGGCAAUUUUUGCAAGAAAUGGUAAAGUCGCUGCCCGCUUCGGUGCAAAAUCGAAUUGUGUUCUUGAAAAACCUGCAAUUAGAGCACCUGAAAAUCGAGGCCGAGUUCUUCGAAGAGGUCUAUAAGCUGGAACAGAAGUACCAGAUCAAAUACCAGCCGCUGUUUGACAAGCGCAAGGAGGUCGUCGAGGGUAAGGUGGAUCCCGAAGCGGAGAAGCCCAACUGGAAGGAGCCGGAGCCGCUGACGGACAAUGGGGGCGAUAUCGAGGCCUUCCGCGAUUCGGUGAAGAGUUAUGAAAGUAUUCCCCAGGAUGCCAAGGGCAUUCCCGGCUUCUGGCUGACGGUGUUUCGCAACACGGCCAUUCUCUCCGAGAUGGUGCAGCCCCAUGACGAGCCAGCCAUUAGAAAGCUGAUCGAUAUAUCCAUUAAGUACGAUACUGGGCAUUCAUACACCCUGGAGUUCCAUUUCGACAAGAACGAGUACUUUAACAACUCUGUCCUUACAAAACAGUACGUUCUAAAGUCGACAGUGGAUCCCGAGGAUCCGUUUGCGUUCGAAGGACCAGAGAUUUACAAGUGCACGGGAUGCACUAUCAACUGGGAGAAGAAGAUGAACCUGACCGUCAAGACCAUCCGGAAGAAGCAGAAGCACAAGGAGCGUGGCGCAGUACGAACCAUUGUCAAGCAGGUUCCAACGGAUUCCUUCUUCAAUUUCUUCAACCCACCAGAGGUUCCAACCGACAAAGACGAAAUUGAUGACGAAUCUCAGCAGAUAUUGGCAACCGAUUUCGAAAUCGGUCACUUCUUGCGGGCCAGAAUUAUUCCAAAAGCUGUGCUUUACUACACUGGCGACAUUGUCGAUGAUGAAGACGACGAGGAUGAGGAGGAGUUUGACGAGAACGAAGAGGAUGAGUACGAUGACGAUGAUGCCCCUCCAGCAAAGGGCCACAACAAACCUACCGGUAACAAGAAACAGUCGCCCAAUGACUGUCCGAACCAGUAGGCAUAGUUGAUAUGGCUGGUUUACCGAUAUAAUGUAUAUAACAUAAUUCAAAUUUGAUUUGAAAUAUAUUUUUGGUGAAUUAAAACUUAACUACAAACGAA